UGGAUUUAUUGGUGGCGUUAAAUAGGAGCUGUAUAAAUCCAUAAGCAGUGAGCUCCCCCUAGUGGUGGCUGCAGGCAGGUAGAAUUUUUGGAGCUCGAUAUCUCAAAAUUUCUAAUUGCUAUAAAAGAUACAGUAUUGGACUUGUGUUGAGUAGAUUAAAAGUAAAUUAAAUAGGGGCGUGGCUUGACAUGGCGGAGUGAGGACGCGUUUUGUUGGAGCUCCGGUCCUGCACCCACCAUAAGCCAGAUUCCAGCACACUUCCAUGGGAGGAAAUUCUAAGAAACCCAGGAGAAGGACCCGCUCCAGACCCCCUUCCCCUGUGAGGACUCUGUUGCCGUACCUGACGCGCUCCCAGCCCCGCAGGAGCGCCUCUCUCCCUCCUGGCUCCAUGGCUGCCUGUGCUCCCGCGGCCGCGGCUACCACACCACCGGCAGCUACCUCAAGGACCUCCACCUCACCGCUGGCGGCAAUACCGGGUGCGUCCCUGGACUCGGGCAUGCCUUCAUCGGCUCCAGCAGCCCCGCGGCAGUCUCUCCCUCCGGUGCGGCCUUCCCCACCUUCGGCAGCUGUGGACGGCGCUCCCCAAGAUGGCGGCGGGGAAGUGCGCACGUCCGGGCACCUGCAGCCUGCAAUCUCUCUCCAGCUGGAGUCUCGUCAGGCGUCCGAGGGGGGACCCAAGGUAAGGGGCGCAUAUUCUACACCCGCUCCCGCUGAUGGUGCUCCCGGUCCCGGCGGGCUGCCGGGUGGGGGACAGCAUAAUCCCCAGCCCUUACCCCAGCCUGUAGGGCCCCCCUCUAUGGGGAUCACUGGGGGCCCUUCUCCUCCUGCAGCCCGGGUACUGGACCUGGCCCCUGAUGAGUGGCCCGCUGUUCCUGCAGGCUUGUCCCCCCCAGCUCUGGCUCCAUGCAUUACAUCGCAGGCCUCUCCAUCCCCUGCCGGCCUGGAUCCUGCUGUGUCACCAUCCUGGGCCUCAGGCUCACCCUGGGACUCCCCUCUGCACUUGCCUCAGGAUACAGUUCAGCCGCUGUACUCAUCCCCAGGAAUUCCUCCUCCAUUGGCCCCCAGCAGUGGGCCCCCCCAUCCGUCCUCUCCAGGAUUGCCACCUAGUUUAGAGGGGACUCCAGCGGUUUUUCAUGCUCCUUCCCCCACACCGGCUGUACUGUCGCUGCCCCAUACCCAUUGGGGGACCCUCAUGUACCCAGGACACUCUCAGCUUUCCCCAGCGGACCGUCCUGUCACCUUGGCGGACCUCCGCACCCUGGUGGCCUCUCUCCCUACCAAAAAUGACCUCUCAUCACUGGCUAAACAAAUAGUCGCUGAGUGCAAAGAAGAAUUUGUUCAACUGCGUCAGGAUGUGUCGGCGCUGACCGCCCGUGUGGUGGGGGUAGAGGAGACGCAGGCGUCUUCCUCUUCUGCUGUCCAGGCCUUACAAGCAGUGGUGAAACAACAUAGUGACCAGCUCUUCACUCUACAACAGCACCUCGACGACGUUGAGAACCGUAACAGACGCAACAAUAUUCGCCUUCGGGGGCUCCCGGAGGCGGUGGGUCCGGAGGAACUUUACCCUGCUUUACUGUCUAUCUUCAAUGACCUGUUGGAGCGGGCCCCUGAUGUCCACAUUGAGCUGGACCGUGCACAUCGGGCCUUGAGACCCCCUAGUCAAGAUGAUCAGCACCCCAGGGAUGUGAUAUGUAGAGUGCACUACUAUGCUCUCAAAGAGGACAUUCUCAGGGCGGCCAGGGCCCGCAGACGCAUCUAUUACAAGGACAUACAAGUGCAGUUGUUUCCGGACUUGUCCAGACACACCUUGGCUCAAAGGGCGACGCUCAAACCAGUGCUGGAGGCUUUGAGGGAGCGAGACAUCCCUUAUAGGUGGGGGUUCCCGUUUGCCCUGACUGUCCGUAGAAACGGGAAAACCUUUACCCUGCGCUCUCCUGCUGACGUUCCAGCCUUCCUGAAGGACUUGGACUUGCCUGCCAUCCCUAUCUCGGAUUGGCCACAGAUUUCCUCUGGAGCCCCGAAACGCUCUGUACCAAGAUCCCCUCAGCAGCCCUUUAAGAUGUCUCGACCUGACCUGCCCCCCCGACCUGGCCGCCGACAAAGGCUGGUGACCCGAUGGGACACUAGCUCUCCCAGCCCUCAGAUUGUGCAGUCUCCCCACACUUGAUACUGUUAGAAAUGUUAUUGCUGUGUUUUAUGGGUUUAUAUUCUCCUCCCUUUUCACAGUGUUUGUGUUUGUCCUGUUUGGUGGCUGAGGCGGACCGGCUGUCUGACCCUUUUCUAGUGCCUACCUGCUGAUGGCUGAUCUUAACAUUGCCUCGUUCAACGCUAAAGGCCUCAACAUCCCGGCGAAGCGAACACAGAUCCUGCACCACUUCCACAAGCGUAAGACCCAUAUCCUUUGUUUGCAGGAAACCCAUUACAAAACCGGCCACACCCCGACCCUUACUAAUAGACACUUCCCAGUAUGGUUCUGUGCCAAUAACUCUGCCUCGCGUUCAAAGGGUGUAGCGAUAGCUUUACAUAAGUCUCUGACACAUCAGGUUACCAAUGUGGUAAUCGACCCCCAUGCCAGAUACAUUGUUCUCACCCUGCUGAUUGGUGGUAGAGCCAUCACCAUCAUCAACGUGUAUGCACCUAAUCAGGGCCAGUGUGACUUUCUCGUCCGACUGGUUGACUCUGUGUUGCCAGUGGCUCAGGGGACCGUGAUCUGGUGUGGGGAUCUUAACCUGACCCUAGAUCCUACCCUAGACAACUCCUCAGGCCACUCUAGCUUGUCCUAUGCGGCAAUUAAGAGAGUAAAACGCUCCUUAGCCCAACUUCAGUUAUGUGAUGCGUGGCGCCUACAACACCCCUCGGAUAGGGACUAUAGCUACUACUCCCCUCCCCAUGAUUCCUAUAGUCGCCUAGAUUACAUUUUAAUUCAACACUCUGCCCUCACUUGGCUGAACGGAUCGGACAUCGGUAGCAUCAUCUGGUCAGACCAUGCCCCCGUGUUCUGUUCCCUCCAUCUACCACACCUGACUAAGUCAGCCUGGUCAUGGCGGUUGAACGAGUCUCUUCUUCUGGACCCAGCAUGCAUGGCAGAUCUCACCAGGGCUGUUUCUGAUUUCACUUUCGUUCAUGUCUCUGAUUCCACGGCCCCAUAUACCCAGUGGGAGGCCCUUAAGUGUGUCCUCCGUGGCGUUCUCAUCAGACACGGUUCUCGCUUGAAGCGGGAGAGGGCCCACACCCUUACGGCAGCUUUAGCUAGGGUUUCUUCGUUGGAGCUGGCACACAAACGGUCACUCUCCCGUCCUGUCUUACAGGACUUACAGCUGGCUCGCUUGGAGGUGAAAAGCCUCUUGGAGGCUUCCUGGGGCCGUUGGCUCCAAAUGGGACGCAGUAAAUUUUACGAAUAUGGGAACAAGAGUGGCCGGAUGCUUGCCAGGGCUUUGAAGACUCGCCUGUCCCAAUCUCAUAUCCCCUCUAUCAGGACCCCAGCUGGGACGAUGGUGCACACCACGGAGGAAAUUGAAUCUGUUUUUCACUCCUUCUUCUCUGAUCUGUAUCACCUCCCGAUUCCCGGGCCCUCCCACCUCCCAGACCCUCCUUCACCCUUCCCGGCUCUCUCCGCAGUCGAGAGGGAGGCGCUGGACGCCCCCUUUUCCCCCGAGGAACUUGAAUCGGUGAUUCGUGCCCUCCCGGGGGGCAAAAGCCCAGGCCCUGAUGGCUACACUGCCAAGUUUUAUAAAUCACUGUUGGAUUCUAUUUCUCCUCUUCUGCUGAAAGCGUUUAAUUCCAUCUCCCCUGACUGCCCACUGCCUCCCGCCUCUU